ACACGCUGGGGCGUUGGGCACAUACUCUCUGGUUGGGCAUGCAUGAAAGGGGCGGGGAUAGGACCUAUAGGACGUAUAGAAUUCAUCCGCUAGAGGACUCUACUGUGCAUUGGUAAUAUCGAAAACAUUAAGUGGUGGAAACUCGCGAACUUUUUCGAUGAUCGUUAUUUAAAGAAAAGAAUUGUUGAUUACCACGUGUAUGCCAACAUUCUUAAGACGUGUAUAACUUGAAUGUAUUUAUUGAUGAAAAUGUGGUUCAGUGUGUGACGUAGCAACACAAACUGUCAUGGCGCCCUGCGGGGUUUGACAGGUUUCAUACAAAGGAGGUUCUGCUACAGUGUAUGUGUGCUUUUAUUGUUGUUUUGAAUCUUCAAAUGAUGUAAACUAUUGCCCGUGAAAGCACUCCAGUGUGGUGGCAAAGUAUGCUUUGUGAAACGCUAUAUAAGUUGUAAAAACCUAGUACUGUGAGAUGUUAUUGCACUUUGGACUUUUUUUAUGGACAUCUGUCCCGUAAAAAAGGCAUGCCAGAAUGCUCUAAUGGACGUGUUGAGGAUGGGUAGUUGAUCAUACCCAUUUGUUUCUCUUCAGAAUCAAUUCAUUUCUAGUCUCUCGAAGUGUACAGUACGAGUUUUCAUCAUGAUAACGAGAGGGAGAAAGUUGGGGAACGAUACCAUUGAUGUUGCUAACAAGGGUUGUUUUGACCCAUACGAUACACUUGCAUGUGUGAGAUCAAGUUUACUGACAACAGCAGCAGCCAUAACAUUGAUAUUUGUUAUAUUAAAGAUCGUAAAGUAUCACGUAUAUCGACAUCAACAAAUUCACCACUAUGCCAUCUUUUAUGUGUCAGCCCUUGAAUGUCUUGUGUGUGGCACCAGUUUUAUGGUUGGCAGUCGACUUGCUCAACUGGAUUUUGCUGCUAGUUUCUUGAAGUUGUUGCAGUUUGCUUUGGUUUGCCAUUUGCAUUGGUCUCUUGCUGCUCGAGCUUUGCGAAGAGAUGAUUUACUGCAACAUUUGGUGAACCCUGUGCUAUGUCUGUAUGUUUUAUAUUGUACAACAGUAGCCCUGAUGGGCAUGGUAGAUGUUACAGACUCCUGGACACAGUGCAUGCGUCCAUAUUGGUUAAUGCUGUCAUCAGCUGAUUUUGUUAUUGUGCAAGUGUUUAUUGCAUCUGCUAUAUACAUUCAUCAUCGUAUAGAAGGAAUCUCAACUCUUGCUUGUUUUAAGAGUUCAGAAAAGAGAGAUCUUUGGAGUGUUGUCAUUGUCUACGAUAUUUCUGCCAUCCUUACUGUUGUGUUUGAUGCUGUAAUGCGGUUUGUUGGUUCAGAAGAAGAUGGUUGCAGUGCUUUGUUUGGGCACACCCAGGUGUUUUAUUCAACGGUUCUUUCAGUCUUUGUAAUUGCCAAGUUUUUGCUACCGGUGUGGACUGUUUUGUAUAUGCUUCAUCCAACUGAAGGGGAUACUCACAUUUCAGAAGUGGCCCUGGCCAGUCGCUAUAGUAUGGAUGGCUCGUCUGAUCCUGUGAGUUCUAUUCGCGGAUACCAUCAGUACCGGCGAAUGUUCCUGCCACCAGGCGAAUCGGAUCUUCCUCCUUCCAUGCCCAGUGGGGAUCCAGUGCUACGCCUCCCUUUCGUUAGUGACUUUUCGUCACUCUCUGGAAGCUUUGGAGAAUAUCCAUAUCCUUCUGAAAUGAGCCCAGCUCCAGGUCCACCUGCUUCAGCCCCACCAGCUCCUCCUCCUGCCAUCCACAAAAAAGGAGGGACUGGCAUGCUGAUGCUUCCACCCACAACAGGAUUGUCCACCAUCUGUGAAGAGACUGACAGCACACGAGAAGGAUCUUUGCGUUCAGAAAGAGGAGUAAUACUCUGUGGUUCAGGUGACACACCACGAAAAUUUGGUAUCCCUCCCACCUGCUAAGCAGGUGAAUGCUCUUUCCAAUUCCACUGAUAGGCAAAGCCUUUGACAUGCUUAAAAACAAUUUUAAAAAAGUACAGGGUCCCCAAUAUUUCUUUAAUUGUUCUCGAAUAUUAUGAAUCUCUUUCCUCCCUGUACAGGGAAAACAGUAAUGGUUUUAUUGACACAUUAAUUAUAUUUUUAUUUAUUACAAGAAGCAAAUUUUAGCUAAUUGCAUGUCAAAACAACUCAAGAAUCACAAUUUAAGAAUCUUUAGCUAGCACUGCUCAUUGACAGCACAAUUCUAGCCUGAAACUGUCUUUUAUCUCUGUAGGGGGCUUCUGUACCAAAGCUGUUGGUCCUCUUUUCUAGCUGCACCGUGCGUUUGGCACAGAAUGUGGCAAAUAUUAGCCAUAUGUAUAGCACAGAUUGUACUCAUUGAUUCCAUUGCACCAAAAAAUGCUCUUAGCUUUGGGAUUCAUUUGAUGUAGAAAUUGUAAAUUUAAGUUAUGUGAUAUAUUUAGUGCAUUACCACUGCUUAGCAGUGCAAGUGCAUGAUAUUAUGUAUGUGUUAGCUUAGUUGUAAAAAACCUGGCAGCUCAACCAGUUUAGCUCAUUAGUAGUUGUUUCAAGUAGUGCCAUGGCACAGACCUCAAGUAGCUAAACAGGGCACUAAUUUGUUGCCUAUAUCCAAAUUUUAUCUAUGAUGUUUCAUUUUAGCUGCAGAUUACUGCUUAUUACUAUUUUAAUUAAGUGUGACCUCUGUGUGUUUGCUUUCUGAAGUUACAAUGCAAUUUUAAAUCUUGUUACUGGUGUUGUAUGAUCCCAAUUAUGUAUAUAGUUGCAAGGUAUUAACUGUGUAUGUGCUGCAGCAAGGUAGAUCUAGCAGCUUGUGCCAAAUAUUGGACAGUUAAUUGUUCAUUCUGCUGUCAUGUUAUCAGUGAGAUUAAUACUGCAUUAUCCGAGAAAUGCUACUUUCUGCAAUUGUUCCCAAUGCAAUUUUUUUUUUUUUUACCCAAACAUGAACAGUAUUCAAGGCUUGAUGCUAGAAAACCUUGUCUGAGCUGUGUUGCAUGCUAGGGAUCUUAGUUUUAAUGUGCUUAUUUUGAGAUUUGGAAGAACUGUAUGUCUGGUUUGUGGAAGUUGCGAAGAAGUGCAAAUGAAUUCUGUAUUGUGAUGUUGACAAAUUGCUCAUGCGUCUAUUGUCAAUCUGGACGGGUUUAGUACAAAUACUCAUUUAUGCAGUAAUUGAGAGGCAUAAUAUGCCUUGGACAUUUUAUAAAUUUAGCAACUGCAGCCACCGAUUCCUUUUAUCUAGAAUCUAAGAAACACAACUUCCAAUCAGAGAAUAAUGUGAUGUGACUGAUAAAAUCUUGAAUAAUUUUUAUUUUGUCUUUAUAAAAAUAUUUUAUUCCAUUGUUGAUAGUUUUAUAGAUUACAUUCUGUCAAAAAAGAAAAUACUCGAUUAUAAUAGUAAUUCUAAGAGCUCAUUGCUCUUUAAUGAAUCUCUGCUACAAUUUGAGAUGAAGUGUGCAAUAAUUAAAAUACAACGAGAGAUUUAAAAUGCGUAAUACAUAAAUGAAUACCACCUCAAAGGAAAACUAAUCAUAGAUUUCAUUUGUGAAAAGCUGAAAUAUUACUCCCUUUUUAUUACAUUUUUAUAGGCAUUUAUCUCACAGUAACUGAUGUAUGAUUAUAUGAGUUGGGAAUCAAAUUGAAUUUAAUUUUUAUUGAGUGAUGAGGUUAGGUGAAUUUCCUGUAAUAUUAAUAUGAAAUGUAAUUAUCUGUAAUGAGGUAUUGCUGUCUUAUUUCCAUGAAGCUUAAUUGCUUUAUUAUACAUUAAACAUCGAAGUCAAGAUACAUUCUAAUAUUCACUGUAUGACAAAUGAUUAAUUUCAUGGGUCUAAGAAUAAACCUGGUUUGCUGAGACUUUUGUGGUUAUGAGGUAAAUAGCUAUCUCUUAAUUCCAUUCUGUCCUUGGUGCUGCAGUUUGCAUAUUGUGAAGACUGGAUUGGAUGAUGCAUGCGUGCAAGAGUGGAAUGUCUUGUCAGAAGUAUUGUAAGCCAUUUACCCCCUAAUAUUUGAAUCCACAGUUGCAAAUGUGAUGUUUCUUGGUUAUGUUUGUGAGGGGUAGAAAUGCCUGUGAUAUCCCAGCUGGUGUAUGCUCUCAUUGUCUUGUACGCUGUGAAGGAAACUUAAGUAAAUAAAGUUCAUCAUCAUCAUCAAGAGUCCUAGUUAUUUGACAACCCUAUAUAAUGAACAAUAACUACACUAACUGAAUUUUACUAGUGCUACUAGAAGAAUAUUGAAUCUAGAAUGGGAAAAAUCACUUGAUGCCAAAUCUUCACAAUUGCUUUUCAGUUGGUACGCUGCAAGACGUAUAUUUUCUUUUUCUUCGAUAUUAAUAAGAUGCUAUAACCAAACAAAAAUUCUUAUUUUCAAAAGUUUUGACAUAGAAUCAAAAAGAAACUAACAAAUUAAUUUAUAUGAAUAUUAAAAGAAAAGAAGGUAAGAUAUGUCUUGACAAUAUUACAGCUAUGCUGCAAGAACUCAGCUUACCAAAUCUCACCAUGGAAAGUAUGUUUUUACUUACAAUUAAUGGUUGUUUGUUUUUGUUUUUUAUUCAUCUGCAAUAAAAUACUCUUGCAGCAACUCAAUAUUGUAUC